AUGUUCAUGAUCGUGGACGCCGGUUGCCACGGCCAGACCAGACAGUGGGACGACUCUAAGGUUUCGUUGGGGGAACGAGGGCAAGUGCUUGUAGAUACCGCACCAGAUUGUACCAUCACAGCGUGUGCCAGUGGCCACGAGUGCCUGGCGUCAAGGGAGAGGGCCAGUGGCGCCCAUCAGAGGUGUUUCGUGGCAAGGAGGAAGUGCCACAAAAGCGAUGCACGAAAUACAACAGAUGUCCAAGAAUGGCCUGAGACACUCUGGCUUGCCAACCGAGGAAGACAAAGGUUUGGGGUCUACCUCGAACCAACGUGGGACUUAGCGAAAUGGUGCCACAGGCGCAAAACAAUGGGAAUGCCUGUUCUAGGCAACCCCUCGUCAUCGCUACGCUUUGAACGCGUCCUCGCGCUGUUUGCCACCCUGGCCGCGUUGAAGGUCCCACUUUCUUCCUCCACGGAGUCGCUCGCGAAUCCCGAAGACGCCAUGUGCGACCACUCGGACUCAGAACACGAUGCUGGGGACUCGGAGAACUCCGGUCCUCAAGCAUUGGCGGGUCGUUAUGGGUCAAACAAUACCGAAGACAGUGCCAAUGACCAAGGCGGUAAUACGCAUCCGGGAGACCAAGCGGUCCUCGGCGAAGGCCGUCCGCAAACUCGCUUAGUAGACCCCUACGCCGAUAUGGAGACGGAGAGCGAGAGCGAGGACUCGGACGUUUCGAUUAUUUCGAUUGAAGAGGAAAAGGCCGACAGAUCCGUCACUGUCUUACAGCAGAGGCAAGGCCGGCCCAUUCUAAGUGAGGAUGCGGGUGCAACGUCUCAUGUGCCCGAGGAUGAGGACGACCAGGCCCCAGCUGUCAGCCGAGCAGUCAGGCCUCGGCCUCCGAAGUCGAAGAAAAGGAAGUCGACUCUUGUAUCCAUAGCUGCCUCGAAUUUUAUUCGCAUUUCACGAUCUUCACUUCGUCUGACUGCGUAUGCACUUGGUGUCUCGAUUCCUGAUAACCUUUUUUUCGAGCCGCAUUUCUACUGGCUUUUUCUACCGGGGGAGAUCGUAGCUAUCGUGGCAGAAGAGUUUCAGUGGAUAUAG